GUCUCUCGCGCGCCUCCUCUCUCUUUCCGCGCGUGUGAUGACCGCGGACGUCGGCAGAAUUGAGAACAUAAAAGACAAACAGGGAGGAUAAAGAGCGCACGGGAGGGAGCGCGUGCAAGACGGAGAAAGAUCCGCCUCUGUCCUCCUGCGCUCUGCUGGACUCGUUUGGACCAAACCGCCUCCUGCGUGCGCGCCGAUCGGGAUACGAAGCACGCAGUUUGGGCUUUAUUCCCAUCCAAUCUGCCGUCUUCUCUUUGCGGUGGGACAGGAACAAACCCGCAAUCGAUCUGUGUGACAUUAUUCACCGAUUGAGAAGAUCUUUUCCAUCCAUCGCCUGCGUUCUGGGGGCUCUGCAUGAGAGAGAGAGAGAGAGAGCGCAAAAAGAAGGCAUUUCAGCCUCCUCUGCGCUGGAUGUAUGCGCAUAUACCGCUGCGCCUGGUGAUACGGACUAUAGGACAUCCUGCUGCCAUUAGGAUGUGAGUGGUUGGGGAUUGCGUUUCAUUUCGACGAGGCAAAUUUCACUUUAACAGGUGUGCAUGGUGUCAGGAGAGCUGAGCUGUGAGACAAAAGGCUCACUACAAGACCGUCUGGGCUCAUCCUCCAGAUCCACUUCCAGGUCAACCUCAGACGUCAUGUGGCCCAGAUGUCUACUCUUCCUUUCAACCUUGUUUGCUCCCAUUGCCACUGCCUACAGCCGUGCCCCUAUCCCCAUGGCAGUGGUGCGGCGGGAGCUUUCCUGUGAAUCCUAUCCUAUUGAGCUUCGCUGCCCAGGCACAGACGUCAUCAUGAUCGAGAGUGCCAACUACGGGCGCACAGACGACAAAAUCUGUGACUCCGAUCCUGCCCAGAUGGAGAACACUCGAUGCUACUUGCCUGAUGCGUACAAGAUCAUGUCGCUGAGAUGCAACAACCGUACCCAGUGUGCAGUGGUUGCUGGGCCUGAUGUUUUCCCCGACCCCUGUCCUGGCACAUACAAAUACCUUGAAGUCCAGUAUGAGUGUGUCCCAUACAAAGUAGAACAAAAAGUUUUUCUGUGCCCUGGCAUUCUACGAGGAGUUUACCAAAGCGAGCAUCUCUUUGAGUCCGACCACCAGUCCGGCGCGUGGUGCAAAGACCCGCUGCAGGCCUCGGACAAGAUCUACUACAUGCCUUGGACGCCGUAUCGCACUGACACACUGACAGAGUACUCAUCCAAGGAGGACUUCAUUGCGGGUCGCCCCACCACCACCUAUAAGCUCCCACAUCGUGUGGACGGGACAGGUUUUGUCGUCUACGAUGGCGCGCUCUUCUUCAACAAAGAACGUACGCGCAACAUUGUCAAAUUUGACCUGCGCACACGCAUAAAGAGUGGAGAAGCCAUCAUCGCCAACGCCAACUACCACGACACCUCGCCAUAUCGUUGGGGUGGCAAGUCGGACAUUGACUUAGCGGUUGACGAAAAUGGGCUGUGGGUGAUCUACGCAACUGAGCAGAAUAACGGUCGCAUAGUGGUGAGCCAGCUCAACCCCUACACCUUGCGUAUUGAAGGCUCCUGGGACACCAGCUACGACAAGCGCUCGGCAUCUAAUGCCUUUAUGAUCUGCGGAGUUCUGUACGUGGUCAAAACAGUGUACGAAGACGACGACAAUGAAGGGACAGGGAACAAGAUCGAUUACAUGUACAACACUGAUAAGAACAAAGAGAUGACUGUGAACAUACCAUUCCCCAAUUCAUACCAGUACAUCGCUGCAGUGGAUUACAACCCAAGGGACAACCUGCUCUAUGUGUGGAAUAACUACCAUGUGGUCAAAUACUCCCUGGACUUCGGCAACAAUGACUACCGCUCUCCAAUGAUUCCUCCUAACCGUGGAGGCAUAGGAGUAGGAGGAGGAGGCAUAGGAGUAGGAGGAGGAGGUUCAUCCUCUUCAUCUACCAGCCGCACCACCACCACCACCCGUUCUCCUCCCUUCUACACCACCCCACGGCCACUCCUCACCACCUCCCCUGGCCAACGUUAUCAUACCACCACCACGGUCCGCCUGCCCAUCCUGAUUCCAGCUGGUGGCUCAUCGUCUGACACUAACCAAAUUCCUGACUCGAACCAGAAAGUUGGGGGACGCUCCCCACCAGUGCAAAUCCGCCCUGCAGCCCCACAGCCUCCAGCGCUGCCCCCUCAGGACUUCUGCCUUCCGAGGUUGACCGCCGAUAUAUCGUGGCCCCGGACCCAGCAAGGCCAGACAGCCAAGCAGCCCUGCCCUGUGGGAACACUAGGCGUGGCCACGUACAUGUGCAUGGCCCAUUUGGGUGUCUGGGAUCCCCAAGGCCCUGACCUCAGCAACUGCACGUCGCCCUGGGUCAACCACAUCAUGCAGAAACUUCGUUCAGGUGAGACGGCAGCGAUUGUGGCUAGAGAGCUGGCAGAACAGACCAAAGGGCUUCUUCGUCCCGGUGAUGUGCCAUCCACAGUCCGUGCUAUGGCCCAACUAGUGGAACUGCUGGAUGUCCAGCUCAGGAACCUGACACCUGGAGGCAAGGACAGCGCGGCCCGCAGCCUUACCAAGCUUCAGAAGAGAGAGAGGUCCUGCAGGUUUUUCACACAGGCAAUGGUGGAGACGGUGAAUAAUUUGCUACAGCCACGUGCCCAGGCGGCGUGGAGAGAGCUGCCCACCAGCGAGCAGCAGCACUCAGCCACGCUGCUCCUUGACACCGUGGAAACCGGAGCUUUUAUGCUGGCCGACAACCUUCUCAAGACGGACACCGUGCAGGAGACCACUGACAAUAUCCAGCUGGAAGUGGCCCGGCUGAGUACAGAUGGAAACCUCGCAGACCUAACAUUCCCUCAGUCGGAACUACACGGAAACUCCAUCCAGCUGUCAGCCAGCACUCUCAAACAGCAUGGCAGAAACGGUGAGAUCAGAAUGGCCUUUGUCCUGUACAGGAACUUGGGUUCCUACCUGUCCACGGACAACGCCAGCGUUAGACUGAGCAGUGAGGCCGUCUACCCUAAUUACUCCGUUAUCGUCAACUCCCCAGUCAUCACGGCGUCUAUUAACAAGGAGAGCAACAAGGUUUACCUGUCGGAUCCUGUCUUCUUUACUGUCAAACAUCUGCAGCAUUCAGAGGAGAACUUCAAUCCCAACUGUUCGUUCUGGAGCUACUCCAAGCGCACCAUGACAGGAUUCUGGUCCACGCAAGACUGUCGUCUCCUGGCUACCAAUCGCACCCACACCAGCUGCUCCUGCACACAUCUCACCAGCUUCGCCGUGCUCAUGGCCCACGUGGAGGUCAAGAAAGCAGACAGUAUGCACGACCUGCUGCUGGAUGUCAUCACAUGGGUGGGGAUCUUGCUGUCGCUGGUUUGCCUGCUCAUCUGCAUUUUCACCUUCUGCUUCUUCCGCGGGCUGCAGAGUGACCGCAACACCAUCCACAAGAACCUCUGCAUUAGCCUCUUCAUUGCUGAGUCACUAUUCCUGGUUGGGAUCAACAGGGCGGAUCAGCCGGUUGCCUGUGCAGUCUUCGCUGCAUUGCUUCAUUUCUUCUUCUUGGCAGCCUUCACCUGGAUGUUCCUGGAAGGGGUGCAGCUCUACAUCAUGCUGGUGGAGGUAUUUGAGAGCGAACACUCCAGGACUAAGUACUUCUACUUGGCAGGAUACGGAGUGCCUGCUGUCAUCGUGGCCGUUUCCGCUGCAGUGGACUACAGGAGUUAUGGCACCGACCGAGUGUGCUGGCUGCGAUUGGAUACAUACUUUAUCUGGAGCUUUAUAGGCCCUGCUACACUCAUCAUUAUGCUGAAUGUAAUCUUCCUUGGUAUCGCCCUUUAUAAGAUGUUCCAUCACACGGCCAUUCUAAAACCAGACUCUGGAUGCCUGGACAACAUCAAGUCUUGGGUGAUCGGGGCCAUAGCCCUGCUGUGCCUGCUGGGUCUAACCUGGGCCUUUGGCCUCAUGUACAUCAACGAGAGCACAGUAAUCAUGGCCUACCUUUUCACCAUUUUCAACUCUCUGCAGGGCAUGUUCAUCUUCAUUUUCCACUGCAUACUGCAGAAGAAGGUGCGUAAAGAGUACGGCAAAUGUUUGCGAACCCACUGCUGCAGCGGCAAGAGCGUGGAGACGUCGAUCUCCUCCUCCAGUAAGACCACCACCUCACGGACCCCCGGCCGCUACUCCACUGGCUCACAGGUGAGCUUACCUGCCUGCACACCUGGACGCUACAGCACAGCCGACUCUCAGAGUCGUAUCAGGCGGAUGUGGAAUGACACUGUGAGGAAACAGGAGUCUUCCUUCAUCACUGGAGACAUCAACAGCUCUGCCACGCUCAACAGAGGAGCCAUGGCUAAUCAUCUUAUAACUAAUGCUCUCCUUCGUCCCCAUGGUACUAACAAUCCUUAUAACACUCUCCUGGGGGACUCAGCAGUCUAUAACAACCCAGCCGUGGGCAUGUACAACACGCAAGCACCUUACCGAGACACAAAGGGUAUCCUGAACAAUGCGAGAGACUCCAGCGUCAUGGACACGCUUCCACUCAAUGGUAACCAUGCCAACAACUACAGCAUGGCCAGCAGUGAGUACCUGAGCGACUGCGUGCAGAUUCUAGACCGCAGCGGUGGCUACAGUACCCACAGCAACCAUCAAGAGACCACCCUGGAGAAGAAAAUCCUCAAGGAGCUAACAUCUAACUACAUUCCAUCUUACCUUAACAACCAUGAGAGGGCCACCACGGAGCGUAGCCACAACCUGAUGAACAAGCUGGUUAACAGCAGCAUGGCCAACGGAGGUAGCAUGGUUGGAGGCAGCAGCAGCAGCAGCAGCAGCAGUGGUGUUAGUGGUUGCGUGAGCAGCAGCAAAGAGGACAACGGUCCACUGGUGCUGGACAACCCAACUGCCUUUCCCCACGAGGAGAACCUGGGUUUGGAGAUCAUCAGAGAAGAGUCCAACGCCCCUCUCUUGCCACCACGUCCACCUCCACCGGACAGCCACCCUCCACCUCCCCCUCCUCUCCACAGCUUCUCCCGUCCACGCCGCAUUCCCCAGGAGACCAGUGAGAGCUUCUUCCCCCUUCUGACCAACGAGCACACUGAUGAGCACACUCAUUCGCCCAAUCACAGAGACUCGCUCUACACCAGCAUGCCGGUGCUGACGGACCUCCCGGAUGGGCAGAUGAAUGGUCUAACAGACGGAGAGGAAGACAGCUCUGGAGAACUGCAGCCUUGUAAGAGUGCCACUGCACCAGAACUGGAUGAUGUCUAUUAUAAGAGCAUGCCUAAUUUGGGCUCCAGGAACCACCUCCAUGAGCUACAAAGCUACUACCACAUGGGCCGUGGUGGCAGCGAUGGAUACAUGGUUUCCGCCAACAAGGAGGAGUCUGACUCAUCACCCGAGGAACCACCUGUAGACCCUUCGCACCUGGUGACCAGUCUAUAGAGCCAACCAGGAGACUUCUAUCGCUCCCCAUUUCACUCACACACAUCCACCUCUCCAGUGAAGAUCAUUCUGUAUUGUUGACUGACAGACUACGCUGGCCCACCCACCACUGGUGCCGUGAUCCACAUUUGUUUCAUGACAAUAUGGUUACGAAAUCACCAGUGAAAUGAAAACAGGGACUGAAUGUAAUUAUCACAAACCGAACAUGUGGCUCUGAGGGAAUAUUUAGCGGACGUCAAUCAUGAAUGGAACUUUGUUUUUUACUGGAAAGGGGAAAGAAAAGGGAGAGAUUCCGUAAUUUUUCCCCACCUAUUUCUUUGAUUUUGAAUUUUCAAUUGACCAUAUCCUGAAAAGGUUACCAAUAUGGAUCUCUAUCAAAUUAUAGCAUAUAGUCUCCUCUACCACUACAACAGGGCUGUGCCCCCACCCACACCCCCACUAGCCCUGGAUAAGGAGCUGUCUUCUCUGUCUGUCUGUUCCACCCUUGUACUGAGAUGAUGAAUCUCCAAUGGGUAAGCCAGGACAAUAGAACCAAGAAGGUUCUGCCCAACCACCUGCCAAUCAAGCAGAGGAUGUAUGAUAUCUGCCGUCACUUCCCAAAAACUAUUUAACUGGGCAACCACACUGUAACUAUAUCACACUGAUGUUCUGAAUUCCUGUACGUAUCUGCUAAAUGGGAGUGGCAUCUGGGCUGGUGUAACAUUGUCGCAAGUUGUAACGAUUGCGGCUACUGUGUAUUUAACUGAAAAUAAAGAAGGGAAAUCACAACAGACUGAAUUAAAUAAAAAAAAUGGGUUACAUUUCUUUUUCUGUAACAUUUUCAGUUAUCAAAGGACAGUUUCUAUGUACUGUACAGAAUACAGAUGCAAAUGUUGCAUAUGACCAAGUCUUUAUUUUUUAAUUUUGAGUUGCAAACCUUGUGUCUGUGGAAGUGUUCUGAAAUAGUGUGAUAUAUUCUGGUCACAUGUACAACUGUAGACUAUGGAAUGAGCGAGGAACAAUUUGUCAAAUCACUCUUCAGUAAAUAUGGAGGUGGUUACAGACUCCUUGUGAUAUGCAUAUACUCUACGCACACUUCAUUCUGUUCCUUUAACAGCAACAUCACUGUCACCAUUUGCAAAUCAGUUGUUAUAUAUUUUACAACUGUAGAUUUCAAACGAAAGGGGGAAAAUUUAAGUUGAGAUCAAUAAUACGAUCUUACUGUAUGUUUUAGACCUUUUAGACCUUUUUUUGAAGCAUUGCUUUCAUGUACAUGAUGUACAUGGACAGGAUUUCAAGGCAGUCAGGGAUUAGUAGGUGUUCAGUUGGUGAUGUCAUAAUUGCAUAUCUGCCAUUUGCAGAUGAUAUGGUUCUAUUGGAUUCAUCAGACUAUAUCCUCCAGUUUGCAAUGAGCAGGUUUGAGGCUAAGUGACAAGGGACUGGGAUGAGGAUUAGCAUCCCCAAAUCUGAGACCAUGGUCCUGUGUCAGAAAAAGGUGGACAGUCCCUUCUGGAUCAUGGGAGAGUUACCGCCCCAAGUGGUGUAGUUCAAGUAUGUUGAGGUCUUGUUUACGAGUGAGGGUAAGAUGGAGCAUGAGCUUGAAAGGUGGAUCUGUGCUGCAUCUCAGGUCCUGCAGGUGCUAUACCUUACCAUCAUGGUGAAGAAAGUGAAAAGCAGGAGAGGC